AUGGAAGAACUGUUGCUGAUGCUGUUGGGGGAUCCAGAAAUGAUUUCACAGCUGGUUUGUGUAAGUGGCCGCCGAUUACCGACGGUGGAUUUACCACCAUCAAAAGUGGCAAGGUAUGAUGGCAUUGAAGCUACCGUGAAGUGUCUGGCUGUAACAGUAGAGAGGUCUAGAAACGGCCAUUCGGCUUCGCUGCUGGAGCUGGAGCUGGAACUGGAAGUGAGCAAACCGGGGGCCAUCAGCCCGGUGGUGCGGUUUGUCGAUGAUGAGCACGCGGACCUACUACAGACAGACAUGAAAAAAGUCAACCAACCGGCGACUGCUCUUUGCUGGUUCUUGAAGUAUUUCUAUACACCAGUUUUGUAUUGGUACAAAUAUACUGUCGGAACUCGACCCAAUCCUCUGUUUUUACUGACCUACGGCAACAAUUCUUCAAGAAUUUACACGAUGGCCACUGAGAUGAGUUCCAGCGAUUAUUACAACACCAUCGAUCUGGAAAAUGCAUUCAGCUGUGUGGCAUGUGAUAAGCCGGAUUCAGCCGACAAUGUUGUCGCUUGCGAUCGGUGCUCCAAUUGGUGGCACUUUUCCUGUGCCGGAGUAGGUGAUGAUAUAAAAAACAAACCAUGGAUGUGUACAAAAUGCCUUCCGACAAAAACCGCUUCUAUUCGGACCUCGUCCUCCGUCCGUAAGGCAAAACUCGCGCUGAAGUUGAAGCAACUGGAGGAGGAACAGGAGCUGGAAAAAAGGUAUAUCGCAACACGAUACAAAUUGAUGAGCGAUUUGAUGGAGGAAGACGAUUCACACAGCAGCCGGUCACAGGAAAUAGAAUUGCCGAAAGAAAAGUCGCAGCGAACUGCGAACUGGGUGGCUAGCCAAACACAUUCUGACACGGAAGGUGCAGUCGGUGGACAGAUUUCACGCGACAUCCAGAAUGUUCCUUAUGGAGAGGUGGUCACCAGGAAAGAGGAGCAGUAUCAAAAACCGAAAACCGUGCCUACCCUGCAGCAGCAACUACGCGCCUGGCAGGGAAAUGAACGACCGUCCGUAAUGCAGCUUCAAGAGCUGCAAAAUCAAUUCAAUCUGUGUCGAUUGGCAUUGACACCCCCUGCAAUUGCACAGCAACAGUUGGAAACAGCUUCAUUCCCUCCAGCUGAGAAACGAGAUGAGCCGAUAUCUCCACCCAAGCAGCAGUUGGUUCCAACAACAACAACAGUUUGUUCAUCAGGUGCAAUGGCUCAGUCAGCAAAAGCACCUUUGUUUCCGCAGCCAGUUUUACCGACUAUUUCGGAGCGAUCCGAGAACAGCGAGGAGCGAGUUAAUCAACAACUACCUGAACCUGCUGUUCCGGUUACCCAAGUUGAGUUUCCUGUCGCAAAUGUGGAGCGACGAACGAAUACUCUUGCGCCAGGUCCAUCCAAGUCACAAGCGGCAGCCCGUCAAGUUCUGCCACGAGAUUUGCCGCCGUUUUCCGGAGAUCCUGUGGACUGGCCGGUAUUCAUAAGCCAAUAUAAUUACACGACGGAGGCGUGUGGUUUCAGCGAAGGGGAAAAUAUGAUCCGCCUGCAACGAUGCCUUAAAGGAGCGGCAUGGGAAGCAGUCCGAAGCCGAUUGAUCUUACCAGCAUCGGUUCCUCGUGUCAUUCAAGAAUUGCGGAUGCUCUUUGGUCGUCCGGAUCUUUUGGUGCACUCACUAAUCGAGCGUGUUAAGGCCACUCCAUCUCCGAAAACGGACCGACUCGAGACACUCAUCGAAUUCGGGACCGUAGUGCAAGCUCUCUGCGAUCACAUCAUUGCAGCCGAACUAACGGAUCAUCUGGCCAACCCUAGCCUGCUUAAGGAUCUGAUCGGAAAACUUCCGACCGAGUACCAGAUGCGAUGGGCCAGCUAUCGAAGGGUGCAUGAAGUGGUUAACCUCCAGACGUUUGGAGCGUUUAUGGAAGAGGUCGUGACUGAUGCCUACAGUGUCACCACCUACAAUGCGGAAUCAAAACGACAUCCGACUAGACGAGAAAAGCACAAAGUAGAACGGAGUUUUGUGCACUCCGAUACCGGGGGGAGCUCAGCUGUAAACCCCCGGGGUACGCUCGGAAAUUCACAACGAACGAUUGCGUGUGCGGUAUGCCAAAAGUUGGGGCAUCGUGCACGAGACUGUCGUACAUUUCAACAGCUAUCUGUCGAUGAACGGUGGAAGCGGAUUCAAGAGCUGGCCCUAUGCAGAACGUGCCUGUAUGCACAUGGUCGACGACCGUGUAAUAAUAGGAAUCGCUGUGGUGUCAACGGUUGCAGUAAACGGCACCAUCCUCUCCUGCACCAGUCUGUACCGCCGAAGCCAUCCAACAACACACCAUCAAGCUCGCCCUCAGAAACUGUCAGCCAUCAUUCUACUGCUUCAUCUUUGCUGUACCGCAUAAUCCCGAUCGUUUUGUACAACGGUAACUCAUCGGUUGAUACCUUUGCAUUCAUUGAUGAAGGCUCAUCAUUGACGAUGAUAGAAACGGAGUUGGCUGAUAAACUAGGCUUGAAUGGGCGAAAGCAGCCGUUAUGCUUGAAGUGGACAAGCAAUGUUACGAGAGUGGAAAACGAAUCGAAGCGUGUUGGCUUCUCUAUUUCGGGAGCAGGUCAAACCAAGCGAUACCCACUCGUCAAUGUCGGUACCAUCCAAUCGUUAGAUCUUCCGAAACAAACUCUUCCGAUCAGCACGAUGAAGCAAAAGUUCCCUCAUCUUAGAGGAUUGCCUAUUAAAGGUUUCGAAAACGUUUGUCCACAGCUUCUUAUUGGACUCGAUAACCUAAAACUUGUUGUCCCUCUCAAGGCGAGAGAAGGAGGUGCUGGAGAUCCUACCGCCGUACGCACUCGCUUAGGGUGGUGCGUAUAUGGUGGUACGCGAGAUGACCAGACUCCAACGAUUAGUUACCAUGUGUGUGAGUGCCAGGACGAAACUCCUUUUGAUGAAGCUGCUAAAAGGUUUUUUGCCGUCGAAGAAGAAGGAACCAAAGUAUUUCAACCGAUUGUCAGCGACGAAGAUAAACGAGCGAUAAAAAUACUGAAGGAUACAACAAAAAGGGUCGGAGACAGAUUCGAAUCGGGGUUACUCUGGAGGUACGACUACGUAGAGUUCCCUGAUAGUUACGCCAUGUGUUUUGGAAGGCUACAGUGUCUUGAGCGAAAGAUGUUGAAGGACCCCCUGUUAAGAGAAAGCAUCACACGUCAAAUCCGCGAGUACCAACAAAAGGGAUAUUGUCAUCGAGCAACACCUUCUGAGUUAGACACUGCAGAUGUCCGUCGUACUUGGUACCUUCCCCUCGGAGCUGUGACCAAUCCUAAAAAACCAGGCAAGGUACGGUUGAUAUGGGAUGCGGCCGCCCGAGUCGAUGGAAUAUCGCUAAAUACACUGCUGCUGAAGGGCCCGGAUCAGCUCACAUCCCUACCAGCUGUUUUGUUCAGAUUUCGCCAACAUCCGGUCGCAGUUUCGGGGGACAUAAAGGAGAUGUAUCAUCAAAUCCGCAUCCGCGAAGAGGAUCGGUCGGCGCAGAGAUUUUUAUGGCGCGACGAUCCUGAUGUUGAUCCUGAAAUUUUUGUUAUGGACGUCGCCACCUUCGGGUCAUCCUGUUCGCCUGCCACGGCACAAUUUGUCAAAAAUACCAAUGCACAGCAGUUCAUCGAGGAGUAUCCAGACGCCGUCGAAAAUAUUAUUUCCGGCCAUUAUGUUGACGAUUAUGUUGCGAGUUUUCGGAGCAUUGAACAAGCCCAGCGAAUUACCAGUCAAGUAAAGGAGAUCCACCUGAAGGGUGGGUUUGAAUUGCGUAACUUCUGCUCCAAUUGUCCACAAGUUGUAGAGCACCUAGGAGAGAUGUCAUCGGAAACAAUUAAAGAUUUGAAUCCCGGGAAAGGAGAAGCAUCCGAACGAGUUCUCGGAAUAAUCUGGGACACAGCCAAGGACGAAUUCAGAUUUUCUAUGGUUAUGCGUGAUGACAUGGCGUUCCUGAUUCAGAACAAAUCUACUCCUACGAAACGACAGAUUCUGCGAUACGUCAUGACCAUGUUUGAUCCACUAGGAUUGUUGGCUCCGUAUCUCAUUUUUGGGAAAAUUAUAAUCCAAGAGGCCUGGCGUAAGAAGCUCGGUUGGGACGAGCCAGUUGACGACGAUACUUGCGAAUUGUGGCAUCGAUGGGUUGAAAUGCUGAAGCACAUUAACAACAUAGGAAUACAGCGAAGUGGCAGUGAAGUCGCAUUGGUGGCCGCUAAGACCAAGGUUGCCCCGCUCAAACCGUGGACUAUACCCCGCUUGGAGAUCCAAGGAUGUGUUCUAGGCGCUCGUUUGACACAGUUUGUCGUUCAAAACCAUUCACUGCGAGUUACGAGACGCUGUUUCUGGACCGAUUCAAGCACGGCUCUGAGCUGGAUCCUGGGAGACCCCCGGAAAUAUCACCGCUUCGUGGCAUUCAGGGUCGCAGAAAUCCUGGAGUUGACCAACCGGAACGAAUGGAGAUGGGUCCCGUCGAAGCAGAACCCUGCCGACGAAGCAACAAAGUGGGGAUCAGGCCCUUUCUUUAAAGUGACGAGCAUCUGGUAUAGUGGACCGGAAUUCCUGAGACUGUCCGAGGAUCGAUGGCCAGUCAGUAAAGUGGUAUCGACGACUGAAGAGGAACUACGGGCGUGUUAUUCACAUCAUGAUGUGCCCUUUUUCCAACCUGUUAUUGACUAUCGUCGCUUCUCAAAAUGGUGCCGAAUUCUACGAACAACAGCAUACGUCCACCGUUACAGUGCCAACAGACAAUUGCCUCCUGAACGUCGCAACUUAGGCUGUCUUACGAGAGCAGAACUGCAGAAGGCUGAACGUUCUUUGUUUAUGUUGGCCCAACGCGAAGCAUAUCCCGAUGAAGUUGUAACCCUUAAAAGAAAUCUAAAAUUGCCGAAGAAGGAUCAAAUACGUAUUGAAAAAUCCAGUCGAAUCUAUCAGCUGACCCCGAGUAUCGACGAGUACGGGGUUCUUCGUCUCGACGGAAGAAUCGCUGCAGUAAAAGGUGUUAAGAAGGACGCAAAGUUCCCGGUGAUACUUCCCAAGGAACACUGGAUUACCUUUUUGUACAUCGAUGAAUUGCAUCGUAGAUUUCAUCACGCCAACAACGAGACCGUGGUUAAUGAAGCACGGCAACGUAUUCACGUACCAGCACUACGAUCUUUGGUGAGAACAGUAGCGAAGAAAUGUCAACAGUGCGCUGUUUACAAGGCUCGACCAGCUAUUCCCAGGAUGGCACCGCUACCGGUGGCCCGAUUGUCGUCGCAAGUCCGUCCCUUUUCGAACGUAGGGCUGGACUACUUUGGUCCGUUAAUGGUGCGAGUUGGAAGGAGUAACGUGAAAAGGUGGGUAGCUCUCUUCACGUGCCUUACGGUGAGAGCCGUCCUUCUAGAACCUGUUCACAGCUUGACUACCGAAUCCUGCAUUGCUGCUAUACGCCGAUUCAUCGGCCGAAGAGGUGCCCCAGCCGAAGUGCACAGUGACAAUGGGACGAACUUCCAGGGUGCCGAGAAAAUACUUCGUCAACAAAUCAACUCCGGUGUUGAAGCCACAUUCACGAAUACUACCACAACGUGGCAUUUCAUUCCCCCGGCUGCUCCCCAUAUGGGUGGAGCUUGGGAAAGGAUGGUCCGGUCCGUCAAGCAGGCGUUGUUGGAAGCAUACCACGAUAAACUGGACGACGAGAAACUGCAAACACUACUGGUUGAGGCCGAAUCCAUCGUCAAUAGUAGACCGUUGACGUAUUUGCCGUUAGACUCCGCGGAGAGUGAAGCGAUUACCCCAAACCACUUCCUGCUGGGUAGUUCCGAUGGAGUAUGUCAGCCGAUCGUUGAAACGGAAUGCAGCAGCAAACUACUUAGCUACUCAUGGAGUCAGCUUCAGAAGCAGUUGAAUACGUUCUGGAAGAGGUGGACUCUUGAGUACCUGCCAACUCUGACGAAACGCACUAAGUGGUUCGGGGAGACGAAACCGAUCGAAGCUGGAGCCCUAGUAGUACUGGUAGAGGGCAGUAGGCGAAAUGGUUGGACCCGAGGUAGAGUCUUGCAGCUGAUAACAAACCCGGAUGGUAGAUGUCGCCAAGCGUUAGUACAAACUCGAGAUGGAGUAUUUCGUCGACCGUUGUCUCGCCUAGCAGUCCUGGAGGUUGGAGAUGGUUGCGGAACCGAGUCUACCGGAUUCCACCGGGGGGAGGAUGUUGCGGCAAGAGUGGAGAAAACCGAGUGCUGCCUGUAG